AUGGAGCCCAUGGAGGCUGAAACAGACGCCCGAUGGCAGAUCCUACGGGGUCGCAGGCGAAGAGAACGCAGAAGAGGCGGCCGAUGGGUUGUAGCCGUUGGCAGCUGCGUCUGCGUUGGCUCGGCCUCCGAAGGCUUCAGCGUGGCCGGCCAUGGCCCGGGGAGCCCAAGGAGGAGAUGGGCUCCACUUGCUGGUGCUUCGGCCAUCCAAGGUCCGGUAGCUGCCGCGGCUCCGAAGCGAUCAGGUUGGGGUCGGAACGGCUUGGUCGCCCUGGCCUUCUUCGGCCUUUUCGAAGGGAGUGAUGUCGCAGAGCGCAGGCAAUCAGGCAAAAAAAGCAAAGCGCAGAAGGUGAAGGGACGAAAGACGGACCACGACGACUUGAAGCAGUGGUUGCUGAAGGAGACGACGCAGCAUGAAGCUUCAUGGAGAAGGACAACGUCAGAGUGGUGGGAUGGCCUGGUCAAUGGGCCGUCAUCCCAUGUAGAGCUCAUCAGGCAGCGGAAACCUCCAAGCGAGGAGGUGCAGGCCAUGUCAAGUGAGGAGGGUCACGAGGAUGAGGAUGCGACAAAAGGCAUCUUGAACAUCCUGGCUUCCGUCAAGACUUCGGUGGUUGCAGCCGUGCUUGGCACUGGAAGCGGCCGAUCUGAUGAGGAUGAGGACAACAAGGACCCUCCUGUCGAGGUGGAGGGCGGUGAGGAUUGGUGGCAAUCUGCGCAGGCGGCCCUAGGAAUGGCGGAUGACUCUGACAAAGCAGAGUCUCCUGCAGCCAUGACGGAGGAGACGGAGGAGACGCCUGAAGCGCUGCCGCAGAGGCAGGAAGAGGAAGCAGCGGAGGAGCCAUUGGAGGUGGAGGAAGAGCCCGUGCUGGAGGCCGUCGAUGUGCCAGAGGAUGCGGAUCCUCAAGAGGAUCUGCCGCCACCAGAGCCCCUCGCCGAGGAGGUUCGACCAGCACCCGAAGUGCCCGGGAUGGAAGAUGCGAACCUCGUCGUCUCGGUUGAGAUUGAUCAAAAGAAGCAGAAAGUCUUGAAAGCAGGAGAAGAGGGCGCCACGAACCUGAUGGCCGGCUCCAACCGGCAGAUCCUGGAGGCAAUGGCCCAGGAGGGAUGGGAGGUGGAGGUGGUCAAUGAGUCUGAGAACCUCUACAUGCUCUCAUUGCCGCCCGUGCUCUACGAGGUCAUGGGGAGCACCAUCUCCAUCCCAGCUCCAAAAUUUUUAACGAAGCUGCGUGACACGCGCGACACACCGACCUCCAGUCCUUACCAGGGGAGAAUGGAGGGGGACCUUGUGCUACAGAACGGCGAGGGCAUCUUCACUCUUCAGUUAGGCUUCCCUUUCCGAAACACGCUCACAAUUUCGGCGGCUGGUUGGACAAGGGCCCAAAUCAGCUGGAAGGGCGACGAGAUAGUCGCAACAAACUACGUCGAGGUUGGCAUCAAGCUGCCGAAGGUGCCCGGCCUUACGAACAUCAUGGAGUAUUUUGUCAAGAGUUAUGGAACGCAGUCUACCCAGGACUGCACGGCUGCGCUCGCAAGAGCUGCGGAGGUUGCAAGGCCUCCAGAGACACCGUUGCAAAUCGUCGAAGAAAAGGUGAAGGAGCUCUUCACCCCUCUGACGGGCCCAGAGCCGGAGGAGGCUGAGACGCAGCCGGAGACCGACGCUGAGAGUCCGGCGGAGGUCGGGCUGACUCUGCCUUCGAUGGCCGAAGCUGAGCCAGCUCCCCCUGAGGAGCAAGCUUCAGACGAGGAUCCGCUGCCGCCGGACGUGCCGGGCAUGGAGGAAGCCAACCUCGUCGUCCGAGUCAAGAUAGAUCCCAAGAGACGAUUGGUGGAGGAGCUUGGGGCAGAGGGCGCCACGAACCUGAUGGCCGGCUCCAACCGGCAGAUCCUGGAGGCAAUGGCCCAGGAGGGAUGGGAGGUGGAGGUGGUCAAUGAGUCUGAGAACCUCUACAUGCUCUCAUUGCCGCCCGUGCUCUACGAGGUCAUGGGGAGCACCAUCUCCAUCCCAGCUCCAAGAUUUCUGACUACCCUGCGAACCACCACGGGGAGAGACAGGGGAGAAAGCUCCUACAAGGAUCGGCUGGAGGGAGACCUCGUGCUGCAGAAUGGUGAAAAUAUCUUCACCCUGCAGUUGGGAUUCCCGUUCCGAUCCACGCUCACCAUCUCUGCGGCUGGUUGGACGCGGGCCACAGUUGGCUGGGAUGGUGAUGAGAUCGUCACUUCAAACUAUGUUGAAGUCGGCAUCAAAUUGCCGAAGGUGCCCGGUCUCUCGAACAUUAUGGAAUAUUUCGUGAAGAGCUACGGCACCCAGUCUACCCAGGACUGCACCGAUGCCAUGGCCAGAGCCGCUGCUGUCGCGCGGCCUCCGGAGACCGGCUCCCAGCUGUGUACCCCCCCCCCCCACGCAGAAGCAUCUCAUGCACCACCGAACAGAGAACAGAUUCCCUUUAUCGCGGUCCCCGUCGCACUCGCCGCUAGUGUCGCUGAUUCCUCCGUCUUGUGUGGGAUUAUCGUCCGCAUCAUCAUGAGAAUACUGAGAGCGCAAUGA